AUGGAGGCCGGGCUGGUGGGGCUGCUCCACGACGUGGGGCAGGCGCUGACCACCGCCUUCGUCGUCCGGGCCUCGGUGGCCGAUUGCCCGGACUGCCGGUGCAGUCCGGCCUUGCACUGCCCUCCGCUGCAGUGCACGUGCCCCAGCGGCGAGGGCACCCUGGCAGCCGCGGCCAUCCCGGGGUGCCACGGAGCUCAGCUGGCCUGGGUGGCGAGCCUCUCGCUCCUGCUGGGCGGCGUGCUCGGUGCCGCGACCGUCUCGUGGGCCGGGCGGCCUCGCUCGAGGGCGCCAGCGGGAUCCAUCGCGGCGCUAGUGGAGGAGGACUGCUCGCCGGGGGGUGGCGGCCUCGCGUACCUCGCGCUGGAGCAGGCGAAGGUGUUCCGCAGGUAUGGCGUAGGAGGCCCCUUUCUGUACCAUAAGCGACUGGACGUAUAUCGUUCGGGGUACGAGAUGACCCCGGAACACGACGACUACAGCGAGACCACGAAUCCAGACGCGGAUGUGAUGGAGAUCGAUUUCGUGCACGGGCAGGGCGGCAGAGCUGGGGUCGUCCCGGCAAACCGAGUCUACGGGUUUUGCCGCCUGCUCACGGCGGCCGUGGUCUGGAGCGCCCUCCGCCGCGGGGCCGCGUCGGGGUAUGGACCGCUGCCCGACGGGCCUUUCCUCCUCACGCUGUCCGCUUUGAACUGGGCGGGCGCGCCGGCGGGCAGCGUAUCGCUGGCGGACCCGUCGAUCGUGGUCCCCCCGCUGGUCGGCGUGGCCGGGAGGUGCCCCGCGCCAGCGGCCCCGGGUGAGCUGGCACUCCCUGGGGGGGCCCCGCCAGCCCCACCGGUGGCCGCGGCCACGCCGGCGCCGGCAGCCGCGGUCCCAGCCGCCGUGACGCUCGACCCCGGGGCGGUCGCGGCGCCAGAGGGUCGGGCGCCGGCGGAGCCAGACACCGUGGCGGCCGCGCCGCAUCCGAGCGGGGAGGCCGCGCCAGGCUGGCACUGGGUGGCGGCGGAGGACGCCGACGGCUCCGUGUCCUUCGGCGCGGAGGUGGCCGUCGGGGUUCCGGGCGGAGCGACCCUCGUGGGACGCGCUGGGCGCCGCGGGCUUCUCACGCUCGCCGGCGGCGGCGGAGCCAGUGCGGUGCUGCUGCGGGACAGCGAGAUCGCGUGGUUCACGCAGGAGUGCCGCGGGAGCGACGCGUGCAUUUUCGAGAUCCCGCCCGACGCCGGGCAAUCUGGCGGCAGUUCUCGGGAGUGGCGCGAGGUGGUGCAGCUGUGCCGCGAGGAGGCCGUCCCGCGGUUUGCCGUGGCUCCGCCUGGGGCGGCGCAGUGGUGCGCCAAGUUCCAGGUGAAGGAGGGGGGCCUGGCCCUCCAUCAAGAGAUGUGGAAGUCAAAGCAGAGGCUGAACCUGACCGACUUCAGGGUAGACAUGCACGAGACCCUGUCCAAGACGAUCGAGACUAAGGGCUCGGCCGAUCACCUGGACGUCUACAACUUGGCGAGGGCGGUGCUCGGCUACAGGAAGCUCCGCCUCGUCGAGCACUACUGGGACGACAUGUGUGCGGAGCAGCAGCAGCAGCACAACAUGAAGAUGCCCCUGGAGGAGGCCUUCGCAUUCCAGGGAGGUUCGAGGUCUCCCUCGGAGGUGUGCCCUGAGUGGCUCGACUUGGUGUCAAAUGAGCUGGAGCUGAUCCACAGCAUCAAGAAGAACGCGAGGAAACUGAGGGAGGAGCAGAAGGCCAGCGAGGGCGGCCGGGCCGCUCCGGGCGGCAGCGGCGGUCGCGCAGCGCGGCGUCGCCGCGCCAACAGGACGCUGCAGGGGGAGCUCGUGACCGAGCUCGUGGUGGCGCUCAACCAGCUGGAUGCCGGCUCUGAUGACCCGCCUCGCUGUGCGGGCCGGGAGCCCAACAGGAUGCAGCAGCUUUGCUUGGAGCAUACCGCCGACAGCUGCGCGGCGACGGGCUCCAUUCCUCCAGACUUGUCGACCGAGGUGGCCCUUCAGGAGCUCCAGGUCGGCGCUGGCUACUCCGACGGCGAGCCCGUCACGGUGGCCCCCUUCGCGCACGACCUCGUGUUCAUUACUUCGAAGGUUUUGCCAAUUCAAAGCGCCGAGAUUUUUAAGAAGGAGGCUGGCUUCGCACGCCCUUACCUGGACCCAGUGCUGCGACAACCCGCGGCCUACCUUGCCUUCGUCGAGAGGAUGAGGGACGGUGGCAUGCUGGAGUUCAGGGUCGAUGAGGGCGAUUUUGAGGAAGUCGGACUGUUCACCGUUUGGAAGAAGGAUGGUCGCCAACGCCUGGUGAUCGAUUGCCGGGGCAGCAACUUCAGGUUCGCGGAGCCAGACAAGACCAGCCUGGCCUCGGGGGGCAGCUUCAGCUCCAUCGAGCUUGGGCCGGGCGAGGUGCUGUGGACGGCAGGGGUCGAUAUCGCGGACGCCUUCUACAACAUGGGCCUGCCGCCGGAGCUCCGGCACCUCUUUGCGCUCCCUCGGCUUCGGGCAGCACAGCUCGGGGUACGUGAGCUGGGCGGGCGCCCAGUUCCGGGCCGCGCUUGGGUGCGCCCGUGCAUGGCCGCCCUGCCCAUGGGCUGGACGCACGCGCUGGAUUUUUGCCAGAAAGUGCAUAGAAAUAUCUUACUCCAGAAGGGAGGUUUCGAUAGCGCUCCUGAAUUGGUCGACGGUAUGCCAGCGCCUCACAUCCAGGACGGGGCCUACACUGCCUAUGUUGACAAUUUCAUUUCUUUUGGUGUGGAUCCUGAUAGGCCCGCGGCCCUCCUGAGGCGCCCGCUCUUGGCCGUAUUUAGUUCUGUGUAUGCUUUCUCGAGGAAGUACUUCGAUCGUGUGAUGAAGCUGCCGCCGUCAGUCCGCCGUGAGCUUCGUUGGGCCGCCUCCCUGAUCCCCCUCGCCUGGGCUGAUCUCCGGGCUACCUGGUCUCCCAGGGUCUACGCGAGCGACGCUAGCGAGGAGGGGAGGGGCGUGUGCCAGAAGGAGGCCGACCUGGGAGCCAUUCGCGGUGCUGGGAGAUACGGGGAGAGGUGGCGAUUCCGACGAGGAACUGCUUCUAGGCCUCGUGACUGCCUCUUCGAGCAGAGCGACCCGCCGUCCGCCGACAUCGCGAAGGUCGAGCCGAUCGCCGAUUCCGUCGUGUCGCCGAAGGUGGAGCACGUCGUGUCGCCGGAGGAGGCGGUGGAGGAUCCUGAGGGUAGCUUGUGGAACGUCCCGGAGGUGGAGGAGAAACUGUACGGGGGCAGGUGGCAGGUCGUAUCGAGCGGAGGGUGGGCCCGGUCCGAGAAGAUCAUCGUCCUUGAAGGUCGGGCACUCGUUCACUCUCUGAGGCACGCACUUCGCGACUCGAAGUCCUUCGGUAAGCGUGUCCUCUUCCUUUGCGAUAACAUGGGGCUCGUGUGUGCUAUGGAGAAGGGCCGCUCCUCAGCCGGGGGAGUCCUCCGCGUCGCCCGGCAAUGGGGUGCCUGGUGCCUGGCGGGUGCGGUGCAGGCCUCGGUGCGCUGGAUUCCGUCUGAGCGGAACGUCGCCGAUGCUCCGUCGCGCCGCCGCAUCCCCCUAGGGGUUUGGAUCGACAACGGCGCGGCGGACUCUGCCGAGGGCAUCGAGCAGUGGGCCGUCCGGGACGCCGGGCGCAGCAGCCAGCAGGCGGAUUGCCGCAGCGCCGGCCUCGAGCUCGCCGAGCUGGCCGUCCGCGAGCCUGCCGUCGGCGUGCUUCGGGGCGCCCGCCGGGCAGCCGCGGCCCAGUCGCGCCCGGUGCUGUGGACGUUGCCCCCGCCCGCGGCCCGGAGCCGCAGGAUGGCGCGAGCUGCGGGGCGCGAGCAGGGAGCGGCUGCGGCUGCUCGUCGGGCAGCGCUCGGAGGCCCUGGGUCGCUGCUGCAGCGGGCGUCGGUGGCGCCGAAGACCGUGGGCCAGUACGACGGUCUGUGGCAGGACAUCCUCCGCGUGUGGCUGCGGUGGCGUGCAGUGUGCUCCCUGCAGUCGGCGCCAAGCGACGAGGAGACAGACUUCGCGGUCGCGAGCGGGAUGGACCAGGAGAUCUCGUUCGGGGAGCUGGCGCAGGGGGGCGCAAAGGAGCUCGCGGCGGAGAGCUACUUCCGGACGCAGUUCGCAAGGUCGGGAGGGCUCUCCCUUCCGCGCCCGGCGCAGGCCGUGAAGGGCUGGAAGCGGCUCGCCUCUGGGCGGGCGCGGCCUCCGCUACCCUGGGAGGUCGUCGCGCUGAUCGCGCUGAAGAUGCUGCUGACCGGCUUCUGGGCGAUGGCGGCCUGGACGGACGCCACCAUCCACUGCUGCCUCCGCCCCAGCGAGCUGCAGCGGUUUAUCGCCGAGAUGCUCGUGCCGCCCGUGCCAGGGACCCACGUGGCGAACCGGGCGAUCGUGCUGCACCCGAGCGAGGAGGGGAUCAGCGGCAGGACAGGGCAGUUCGACGAGAAGGAGAGGUGGCGCCACGUGGUGGCGAAGGUGCUGAAGCAGAAGUACCUCAAAGGUUUCUGGUCGGUGUUCGGUGAGUACCUCAAGUACGUCAAGAGCAGGAUCCAGAACGCACAGUUGUCACAGCAAGCCGAGCAGAUGCAGCAGCAGAAUGUUCAGAUCAGGACGGAGCUCGCUCGGCAAGUCCAGGCGCAGGGAGAUCUACCACGUUUGGCCGAGCAGCUCGGCGAUGAGGUGCAGAAGCUGUCUGAUGAACGAAAGGAUAAGUCGUCUGCGCCGGCCUUUUCCCUUGUAGACACCAAGGGGUUAGGCAAGCCCUCCAUCUUCAAGAAUGAGGAAGCCAAGUUCCUGGAGUGGUACCGCAAGACCAAUGCGUACCUGACGGCAGUCUUCGGAGAGCAGUUCCGCAAGCUGCUGGAGUGGGUGGAGGAUCAGGCGCAGGAGACCACGGUGAUCAGCAUGGAGGUUCUGGAGGCACGGUUCGGCAGCGACGACGAUGACGAAGAUGAAUUCAUUCCAGACCUCCGCGAGAAGGUCAGCCAGCUGUACGUCGCACUCCAGACGCUGACAGAAGGUGAGAGCUUUGCCCUAGUGAUGAACACUCCCAAGGGCAACGGCGCUGAGGCGAUGAGGAAGCUCAUCAGGCGCUGGGACCCAGCUUCAGGGGGCAAGCGCCGCGUGCUCUUGAAGCAGAUCAUGAACCCGCAGCGGUGCACCCUCAGCGACCUGUACGCCAAGCUCGAGGAAUGGGAGGAGCUCAUCCGCCGGUACGAGAGGAAGAAGGCAGACGGCCUGGGCAAGGUGGUCGACGAUGACGUGAAGGUUGCAGCCCUGGAGACUAUGGUGCCAGAAGAGCUCGAACUCCACCUCGCGAUGAACAAGCAUCGGUUGGACACGUCGGAGAAGGUCGUAGAGGAGAUCAGGAGCUUCCUGGAGUCGAGACAGUCGCAAGGUGCCCUACUCCGACGGAAGCGAGGUGACCCAAUGGACGUUGACUCGCUGUACAAAGGAGGCAAGGGCAAGUCCAAAGGUAAGGGUGACAAGAACGGCAAGAAGGGCCAGGCUCCCAAGCCGCGUGACAAGCGGACGGUGCAGUGCUGGCGUUGCGGGGGCUGGGGCCAUACGUCUAAUGAGUGCACAGCCCGCCUGACUGGCGGGAAGACCGGCGACGGCAAGGGCAGCAAAGGCAAAGGCAAGGGCAAGGACGCAGACAAGGACAAAGGCAAGGGCAAGAAUCGCCGCUGGGACACCAACUCCUUCGAGCCCGGUGCCGCGUCAAGCUCGAGCCAGCCGGUCUACGGAGACAACUGGGACGAUGGCAACAACAGCACGAUCACCAGCCUACCGCCCUCAGCGAGCCAGGUGGGUUCCACGAACCUUGGCUCCUUCGAGCUGUGCACGUUCGAGCUCAACAGCUUCGACGAGACCGUCGACGACCAGGAGUGGAUCAGGUUCGCGUUCGACUCGGGAGCGGCCGUGGCCACCUUCCCUGAGAACGCCAAGGGCGAGCGGCUCCCGGCCGAUCCGAAUGCGAGCUAUCGGACGGCCAGCGGUGAGAUCAUAGCCGACUCGGGCGGGGUAUGCAUCCAAGGGCGAUCCGAGUGGAGCGAGCCGAUCAGACUGAAGGCGCGCUUGGCCAGCAUCCACAAGCCGCUGGUCUCGGCCUCGCAGACUCACCGCACGGGCCGGGCCACCUGGCUGACGAAGGAGGGCGGCUACAUCCUCCCGGCCGGCUCGGACAUCGUGAACCGCGUCGACGCUCUCAUCCGUGAUGCUGCGUGGAGUGAGUCGGGCGUGGUGCCGCUGUAUGUUGAGAAGGGCAUCUACGCAGGCUACAUCAAGAAGAACGAGGGAGGACACGUCAGGAGAGUCUCGUUCGGCGACCACCGCGAGAGCUGGGACUUGUGCCCGGUCGACGGCGGGUCGCGAGUCCCUCCCCGGCAGGCAGAGCGGGAGCAGCACUUGGCAUCUGGACACGCGGUCCACCGCUCGUGGUGCGAGGAGUGCGCGCGGGCAGCCGGCCUGGGCGCCCAGCGCGCCAGGCGACCUGAGGAUCGUGAUGACGCCGACCCGGUCGUCAGCAUGGACUUCGCCUUCAUCGGGGAAAAGGUCCAGGACGUGGAGGACGACGGCUCCAUCCCCAUCUUAGUGGUGACGGACCGCAAGUACGGCAUGAAGGGGGCGACCGCCGUCAAGGACAAGACCGCGUCCGACUUCGUGGUCAAGUGGCUCGCGGGCUUCUUGAAGCACCUCGGGCACCGCCGUGUCGUGCUCAAGUCCGACGGCGAGGCGAGCAUCUGUGCGAUCAAGAAUGCAGCGAUGGUUGGCGUGGGCCAGCAUGUCGAGUGUAUCCCGCAGGAGUCGCCCAAGGGCGAGCACAAGAGCAACGGCGAGGUCGAAGCCAGCGUGAAGGAGGUGAAGAAGGUCAUCCGAGCGAACUUCUUCUCCAUGCAGAAGUCCUUCGGCUUCGAGGUCUCGCCCGGGCAUCCCAUCGUCAGGUGGCUGCCCCAGUUUGCCGCGGACUCCAUCUCCAAGUUCAGGCUCGGCGUUGACGGCAUGUCGGCCGAGCAGCGGAGGUGUGGCCGCCCCUGGAGGAAGUUCGCGGCGGAGUUCGGCGAGAGGGUGCACUAUCGACCUCUCGGAGUCGGAGACGAGAGGAGCACGCUGGCCCCCAAGAUGCUCAUGGGGCACUUCGUGGGCUACCACUCGCGGACGGGCGCGCUGCUCGUCAUGACGCAGUCUGGUGUGGUGCGGGCCCAGGGCUUCAAGCGCCUACAUCGGGCCCAGGCAUGGUCGCCGGAGGCACCAGGGUCGUGGGGCAGGCUUGCUGGACUGCCGUGGGAGGUUUCCCCCGCGGUGUUGCUCGCGCAGCCCGUGGGCCCGAUCACCGUGACCAGAGACACGCAGGAGGACCACGACACCGUGGUCAGGAGGCGCUACGUACUCAAGAAGGACAUCGAACGCUUCGGAGCUACUCCGGGGUGUGCAGGCUGCGCGGACCUCAUGGCAAGGGGGUCGGCGCGGGUCGCGCACUCCCAAGAGUGCCGCGAUCGCAUCGAGGCCGAGCUGAUGAAGGACUCGGCAGGCCAGCGGAGACUGGCGGAGCACCACCUGAGAGCGAGUGCUCGCGAGGCUCAGGCGGAGGAGAGCGCGGCGCAGCCGGCGCCCCAGCCUGGAGCAGCCGCAGCCAGCGGCGGAGGAGCCGCCGCGGCCAGCGGCGGAGGAGGCGCCGCGGCAGGGCCCGGCGCGGACGUGGCCACGGCAGGUCCACGUGCGGGCGCCCCGGCGACGCCACCGGCAGCAUCGAGGAAGCGUGCUGCGAGCGUGUCCGCCGAGGAGCGCCGCCCGCCGCAGUUGCGAGACGGGCCAAGGGGGCUCAAGAGAGCCGGGAGCGAGCCGGACCUCCACGGGCAGAUGAUCGUGGACGGAGGCUCGAGCUCGUCGGCUGGACCGGCGAGCGCGGCAGUGUCCGCUGGGCUGGUGCAGCCCGUGCCUAGCCCAGAGGGGGCUAGAGGAGGUGGCGACAUGGAGGACUUGGCAGGGCCAGCUGCACGGGCUGGCAGCUCCAUGGACGUCGGCGCCUUUGACGAGGUCAAGGGCAAGAUCUACAGGGAGAUCCUGGCGCUGGUGAGCGCCACGGACCUGAUCGGCGACAACGUCAUGUCGAUCAAGGAGCUGAAGGAGGUGUCCGCGCUGUUGACCGAGAUCAACGGGGUCGACCUCGCAGAGGUCUACUCGCCCGAGCGCUUCAAGGGGAAGGCGCUCGGCAUGGGCCUGACAGCAGGCCUCGCGGCGGACCUCUACACCGGCUGGGACUUGCUUCGCGAGGACCACCGCCGAGCAGUCAUGAAGAAGCUGCUGGAGGAGGACCCUCUCCUCACCGUGACCUCUCCGCCGUGCACGGUCUUCUCCAAGCUCAGGCAGCUCGGCAACUUCAAGCGGGGCGAGGGCAUCGUGGCUUCCGAGGUCCUCGAGGGCGAGACACACCUGGAGUUCUCCAUGAAGGUGUGCGAGAGCAGGCAUCAGCGAGGAGCACUUUUCCUGCAUGAACACCCCUGGGGAGCAUCCUCCUGGUCGCGGCCGUGCGUCGAGAGGGUCAAGGAGUUGCCGGGCGUGCACUUUGUGCGUGGCCCGAUGUGCCGCUGGGGCCUCCACGCUCGGGGGCCCGAUGGGCGCGAGGCAUUCGUGCGCAAGGAGACGGGCUGGCUGACGAACUCGCAGGUCUUGGCCGACAUCCUUGCUGGGGAGUGCCGCUGCCAGUCCAUCGGCGGCGAACCCUACCGGCACGUGCACUUGCUCGGUGACAGGAGGGCUCGAAAGGCGCAGGUGUACCCACCCCGCCUGGUCAGAGCCAUCCUUCGCGGCCUCAGGGAGGAACUUCGAGCUCGAGAAUCGCUGUCUGACCUGGCGGCCUUCACCGCCGGGCCCUCGCCUCACGCCGAGGAUAUGGACCAGGAGGCGGAGGCGUUCGUGGACGACGUCCGCGGGGGCUUCCUCGACCCGCUGAAGGUGAAGGAGGCCAGGGCUGAGGAGCUGGAGUGGUGCCGUAGCCGCGGAGUGUGGAAGAAGGUUCCACGCCGCGAGAUGGAGGCGGAAGGAGGUCGUGCCAUCGACACGCGGUGGAUUGACACCAACAAGGGGGACCUCGAGCGACCGCUGUACCGCUCGAGGCUCGUGGCACGGGAGAUGAAGGUCCGCCGGCGCGCCGAGGGGCUGCUGCCGCCGCAGCAGGACCUCUUCUCGGGGACGCCACCGCUGGAGGCGUUCAAGGCGCUGGUCAGCAUGUUCCUCAGCAGGGCGUUCGAGCAGUUUCAGAGCUCGGAGCCCCGCGAGGUGCUGUACAAGUUCUACGACGUGUCGCGUGCCCACUUCUACGGGCACGUGCAGAGGCGCCUCUGGGUGGAGCUUCCGCCCGAGGAGCGUCAGGGAGAGGAGGAGCCACUCGUCGGACUUCUCCUUCGCACGAUGUACGGCACGAUGGAUGCGAGCCAGGUCUGGCAGGGUGACUACGUCGAGCUGCUCAAGUCCGUCGAGUUCCUGCAGGGGAAGUCGAGCCCCGCCAUCCUGUGGCACCCAGGGCGUGACAUCGCCCUCGAGGUGCAUGGCGACGACUUCGGCGUGCUGACGUAUGCAGACGACGAGGCCUGGUUCGACGAGUUGCUGAAGAAGUAUGACUACAAGGUCACGGGCCGCCUCUCCUCGGCGGCCGAAGGGGUCCAGGGCGCGGUCUACCUGAACCGCGUGCUCAUCUGGGAUCCCGCCGCAGGUGAAGCACGCAUCGAGUCUGACGUCCGUCACGUUGACAUGAUCCUUCGAGACCUGCACCUGUGCGACGCCAAGCCGGUGCAGACGCCUGCGGUCAAGAAGAGUGUGACCGAGAUGAUAGAAGCCUCGCAGUCCCAGACGCUCGAUGACGCACAGUCCAAGCUCUACCGCUCGCUGGUCAUGCGGGCGAGCUACAUCGGGCAGGACAGGCCGGACCUCAGCUACAUCGCGUCUUCUCUGGCCAAGUCGAUGAAGACGCCACGCGAGUCGGACAUGAUGGACCUGAAGCGCCUGGGACGAUACCUCAAGCAGGCCAGGGCCGGCUCGCUGGUGUUCAAGCUGCAGGAGGUCCCCACGCGCAUCGAGAUCUUCGUAGAUGCUGACUGGGCUGGCGAGGCUACCACCAGGAAAUCACGCAGUGGCAUGAUGCUCAUGCUCGGCUCCCAUCUUGUGAAGCACGCUUCCACCCAGCAGACCACGGUCGCGCUGUCUUCGGGGGAGUCCGAGUACUAUGCGAUGCUGAAGGGUGCGAGCCACGCUCUGGGGCUCCAGUCGAUGCUCCAAGACUUCGGCGUGCAGUAUCUAGAGAUGCCACUACUGCGCAGCGACAGCGUGGCGGCCGAGGGCAUCGCCACGCGGCAGGGCCUUGGCGCUGUCCGCCACAUCGACACGAGAUUCUUGUGGCUGCAGGACCAGGUCAAGGCAGGCAAAGUGGAGAUCAAGCAUGUGCCGGGGCUCCAGAACCCGGCCGAUGCGUUCACAAAGGCUCUGGACCAGACACAUCUGAGACGGCAUUUUGAGGCUAUGGGCUUUAAGGUGCGCGACGAGGGCAGCCGGCUCCAUCGUCCCGCACUGAUGCGGGAGGUGCGGACGAUGUGCAUUGAGAGUGGUCGGCCGUGCACGGACCUGGCGGGCGAGAGGCGGCACGCGGGGCGGCACACGAGGCCUCCGCCGGGCUGCGCCCUCGGGACGUGCGCCUCGCCGCGGAGCCCUCACGGCUGGGGCACGGCCCCGCUGCUGCUGGGCGCCGCGGCCGUGGCGGCGUGCGCGGCGGCGCGCGCUGCGAGGCCAGUCCUGCGCGCCCGCGGCGGGGCGAGCAGCGAGGAGCCGGAAGGCUCGCUCUUCGACGUGAUCUUCGACACGGACAAGUACAUCGAGGCCGACCGGUUGUCGUCCCGCCCCGUCUUCGACUACAACAGGUGGAAGCGCCACCGCGGCGCCGAGCGCUUCACGAGGAACCUGGGCAACAUCUUCUCCUCCAGCACGCUCCGGGCCAAUUGGCAGGAGGUCCUCGCCUGCACGCUCGUCGCCAUCUUCAUUUGCACGUGGAACGACCUAGACGUCGCCUCUCUCGGGGCCUCGAAGGAGCAGGUGGCCCUCUGGGCCUCGAAGCCGCAGCUGGGACUGCCGGCGCUGCCCUUCACCAUCAGCUCCGCGUUCCUGUCGCUGCUGCUGGUCUUCAGGACGAACUCGGCGUACGGCCGCUGGUGGGAGGCGCGCUGCAUAUGGGGCGCCAUCAUCAACACCUGCCGCGACAUCGUGCGCCAGGCGCUGAUUCGAUUCGACCCUAAGGACGCGGAGCUGAAGAAGGAGGUGACCCGCCUGGUGUCCGCGUACCCCCGCUGCCUGAUCUACCACCUGGGGGAGCGCACGGACGUCUCCAACCUGGUGAUCGAGAAGAAGCUUGGAAAGAUUCUGAGCGACGCCGAGAAACAGAAGCUGCUGGCCUGCACCCACAAGCCGAUGACACUCACCACGAUGCUCUCCCAGUCGAUCAGGAAGGCGGGCCUGCCGGUCAUCGAUGAAAUGAAGAUCGACGCGGACAUCACCAAGUUCUCCGACUACUACGGUAUGUGCGAGCGCAUCUUCAAGACGCCCAUGCCGCUCUCGUACACGCGGCUCACCUCGAGGUUCCUUAGCAUCUGGAUGCUCUUCAUGCCCUUCGCCCUCUACUCGGCGAUCACCCCCCACUGGUACAUCGUCCCGAUCACAGCGUUCCUGUCUUUCGCCAUCUUCGGCAUCGAGGAGCUCGGCGUCGCGAUCGAGGAGCCGUUCUCGGUGCUCCCCCUGAACGCCAUGGCGGACGGCAUCGACGCCAGUAUCUUCGAGGCGUUGGCCCUGGACGAGAAGGAGCGGGCGAAUGCGAAGCAGCGGGAGCUCGUGGGCGCUUGA